AUGGGCAUUUCGCUCUUGGAAGUUACAUUUUUAUUUUAUAUUUCAGGACAAAUGGCUGGUCCCUCAACAAGGGAAGAAGGCAGUGGAUCCAACUAUCUUUGCAUGCCACAUCAACCAUUCUACGCCUUUGCUUCAAACCGUUUGAAGUUAAGGGCCCAUCUAUACGGGGUAGAAUACGGACAAGUAGAUGAUAUAUUUCUGAGAAUACCAGGACGUCCAACUGACAUGAAUUACCAUGGGGUCCCUUGUGCUGUAUGCAGGACCUUAUCAAGACCCUCAUUAAUAAUGGUGCCUGCACGUUUUGUGUGCCCUAGCAACGCGUGGACCAGAGAGUACCAUGGAUAUCUCAUGUCGUCGAGUAACAACAGCAGCAGAGCGGAGUACAUUUGUGUCGAUGCCGAUGCGGGUGUGGCUAAACAAACCGGAAACGAAAGAACUCGCAGAGAAUCUCUACUGACUGGCGUACGAGGAAAAUGCGGGACACUACCGUGUCCUCGGUACAAACAGGACAGGGACCUGACAUGCGCAGUUUGCACCGCUUAAAUUAUAUUAAAGUCACGUGAUAUCGUCUGGGCAUGCGCGAUGCAGGCUUCCUAAUUGUGUAAAAAGUCACGUGCAAUGGUGUCACGCACAGUAUACACCUGUUUUCUAAUGUCGCGCGUGACUUUAUUUAACAUGAGCAUUACUGGCUUUACAUAAUAGAAGAUGCAGCUUGGUUUUUACUACGCAUGUGCGGGGUGCAUGCGCAAAAACCUAGAUCUAUAUAUGGCUUUUCCAAUGUCUACCUAAUUUCCUACCAUAAAUGACAUCAAAAAUUUAUUAAUAACCAUCGACUAUACCCAUAAAGUAAACACAAAACUAAGUUAGGAAAUGAUGUCAUUUGGAAGAUGGUGUCAUCAUAAAUAGUGGUCUCUGAUUGGUUUAUUGUGAAUGUCGGGUACAUGACGUAUCAUGGAUGGGAAUAACAAAACAAUAAUGGCUCAAUUGAACAAGGAGGGGCAAUAUCUUGUUAAUUCUAUCGCUUGGUAUCAACCAGCUAAUGAAUCUCAUUAACAGCCUACAAUGACAGGAAAACACUGCACGUCAUGUGCUAUCAACCAGAGAGUAUUCUAUUGCUUGGUAUCAAUCAGCUGAAUGAAUCUCAUCAAUCUCWUUACCAGCCUACAAUGACAUGCAAACAAUGCCCGUCAUGUGUUAUUCAACCAGAGAGUAUUCUAUAUCUUGGUAUCAAUCAGCUGAAUGAAUGUCAUCAAUCUCAUUACCAGCCUAAAUGACAGGUAAACACUGCCCGUCAUGUGCUAUCAACCAGAGAGUAUUCUAUUGCUUGGUAUCAAUCAGCUGAAUGAAUCUCAUCAAUCUCAUUACCAGCCUACAAAGACAGGCAAACACUGCCCAUUAGAAUGGAGUUUUUCCACCAGCCAUGAGAUGUUUACUUAAAAAAUAGAUUUCUUCCGUAGUAGCCUCAUUCAAGCGUUUCAGGUCGAGGUUACAUGGGGUUAAUUACAAAGGCUUUUAUUCUCAUGGGAAUAAACAUGGUGUUGUGUGAUCAAGGUUCAUGAAGGGUUCUUGAGGAAAAGACGACUUGCACUAACAUCCUAUACCUCCCUUAAAACGAUCAGUUCUGUCAAAAUAAACAACAGAAAUGAAAAGGGCACUUAGACAUUAGUAGGGAGUGUCAGCGAAAAAGGAUAAAUGGCAUUAAAUACAUGUAGAAAAGUGAAUGUUUUACUUUAAAAUAACUUACCAGCCAACACUUUUCUCAAACAAAUUCUUAUAAAAUGUUCGACUUUAUAUUUAAUGCCAUUUCUCCUAYAGUGAACAUUAUGAGCUGAAAUGCUGCCCUUUUACUUAUUGGGGUGCUCUUUCUGUUUCUGUUGUUUUGUUCAAAAAGUCACAAAUGAACACUUUGAUGUUUUGACAAAGGCUGGGAUUGAAAUUUAUAACGUUCGUUUCAUUGAUGCAAGCUUCAAAGCAAGAUGGAAAUCAAACUUCCAAAAAUGAACUGAAUCUUUGAACCUUGAUAGGAAUGCAUGAGCUGGUUUGACUGAAAAUUGUUACUUAAAGAAACAAAUAAUAUAUAAUACCAUUCCUUCUAUUAUAAUUAAUUCUGUAUGACUUUUGAAUACUUAUUGCAAACAAAUAUAAAAAUGAUUUAUG